AUGGCCGACAAACCCUGGUAUAUCCCUGAAGAAGCCAUCACCGACCGGUCAGUCAAUCCUAUCGCAGCCGGUGGCUUUGGCGAGGUGUUCAAGGCCUCGUACUAUGGCGCCCCUGUCGCCAUCAAGCAGCUCUAUAGGGGCUACAACCAGAACGAACUCGCCGACUUUGGCCGUGAGAUUGGCAUCUGGCACAGACUCAGUCACCCCCAUAUCCUUCCACUCCUCGGCGCCUGCGACACAGCCACUAAACCCUUCAUGGUCUCGCCGUUCAUGCCCAACGGCACCCUCCGCAACCACUUUGCCACCGCACCCACCCCUCGUCCUCUGGGUGAAAAGAUCCGCCUUCUCUAUGAGGUUGCCUCGGGCAUGGCCUAUCUCCACGGCAACAACAUUGUCCACGGCGACCUCAAGUCCCUCAAUGUGCUGCUGGAUGGCUCAUCCAAUGCUGUGGUGACCGACUUUGGAAUGUCCCGCACCAAGCACACCUCGGCCUCGGCCAAUCGAACCCGCCGCGACCAGCCGACAGGCGGCACUCUCGAGUAUAUUGCACCGGAAAUGCUCGAUGACGAGCGUCCUACCGGCUCAUCCAAGGCUACCGAUGUGUAUGCAUUCGGCGUCACCCUCUACGAGGUCUUCAACGACUGCAAGCCCAUCUGGGUCACCAUCGAUGGACAGCCGAUGAGGGAGAGUGUCGUCGAGCGCCUUGUCCUCCGAGGAGUUCGCCCCAAGCAGUUUGACGGCAUUCCCGACGACAUCCGUGCCCUCAUCGAGCGCUGCUGGCACCAAGACCCCUCCCAGCGACCCAAGUUCCCCGAGAUCCUC